AGAGAGAGUUUAUAACGGCUUUCAUUAACUCCAAAGCUCCAAAUCAAAAGAAUUUUCUACUUCUUCCUCGUCUUCUUCGCCUUCUCCUUUCUCUCCCUAUAAAUUCGCAGCUUUGUCUCUCUUUUCAAAUCACUCACUUUUCAUUUUCUCUGUCUCUCUCUCAAACUAUCUCUGUCUCUCUCUAGAGUUGCCGCACAGAGCUCGCAAGGAUGUUGGAGAAAGUAGAAGCAUUGGAUCUCAGCAAAGUGAUAGAUGAAUUCGAGGAGAUGACAAGAAACGCAGGGGAGGUUCAGGAGAAGACCCUCAAGGAUAUUCUGGAGAAGAACAAGUCAACCUUCUAUCUGCAGAAAUGUGGGCUCAAUGGAAGUACGGACAUCGAUGAUUUCAGAGCAAUGGUUCCACUGGUCACCGACCAUGACAUGGAGCCUUACGUCAAAAGAAUGGUGGAAGGUGACAAAUCCCCCAUUCUCACCGGUCUCCCCGUCUCCGCCAUUUCAUUGAGUUCUGGAACCACCCAAGGUCGUCCAAAGUUCAUUCCUUUCACUGAUGUUCUAAUGGAGAACACCUUACAGCUUUACCGGACUGCUUUUGCAUUCAGAAACAGAGAAUUCCCUAUCGGCAAUGGAAAGGCGUUGCAGUUCAUCUUCAGCAGCAAACAGUACAUCUCCGAGGGUGGCGUCCCCGUGGGAACUGCCACCACGAAUGUUUACCGAAACCCGAACUUCAAAGCCGGGAUACGAUCCAUUCGAUCCAUGUACUGCAGUCCCGACGAAGUUAUAUUCAGUCCUGAUGUCCAUCAAGCCCUCUACUGCCAUCUCCUGUGCGGGAUUCUGUCCAGGGACGAAGUUCAGUAUGUCUUCGCAGCUUUCGCUCAUAGCCUCGUCCAUGCUUUCAGAACCUUUGAACAUGUCUGGGAAGACAUUGUGGCUGACAUAAGAGAAGGUGUCCUAAGCAGCCGCAUCACUGUCCCAUCUGUCCGUUCGGCCGUGUCAAAGUUGCUUCGACCCAAUCCAGGGCUAGCCAACUUAAUCCGAACAAGAUGUCUGAACCUGAGCAACUGGUACGGACUGAUACCCGCACUUUUCCCGAACGCAAAGUACGUAUACGGGAUCAUGACUGGUUCGAUGGAGCCGUACGUGAACAAGCUGAGGCACUAUGCUGGCGAUCUUCCCCUAAUCAGUCAUGACUACGGCAGCUCGGAAGGGUGGAUUGCAGCCAAUGUUACUCCGAGAUUGCCCCCAGAAGAGGCUGUUUUUGCGGUGGUCCCGAAUUUCGGCUACUUCGAGUUCAUCCCUGUUGCUCAGACAGGUGAGGAGAUGCCCAAGCCAGUGGGUUUGACCGAGGUCAAAGUCGGUGAAGAAUAUGAAAUCCUUCUUACCAACUAUGCAGGAAUGUACCGUUACAGGCUAGGGGACGUGGUCAAGGUCGUGGGUUUCUACAACAGAACACCACAACUCAAGUUCGUGUGCAGGAAAAACUUGAUACUCUCCAUAAACAUCGACAAGAACACGGAACGAGACUUGCAACUGUCCGUAGAAGCAGCUGCCAAGAGACUGUCCGUGGAAAAGCUCGAAGUCAUAGACUUCUCAAGCCACGUGGACGUCUCCACCGAGCCGGGACACUACAUCAUAUUCUGGGAGAUCUCGGGCGGGACGAACAAGGGUGUCCUGCAAGAAUGCUGCAACGUCCUGGACAGAUCGUUCUUGGACGCGGGCUACGUCAGUUCGCGGAAAACGAAGAGCAUAGGGCCGCUCGAGCUACGCGUCGUCGUGAAAGGAACGUUCAAGAAGAUCCAAGAACAUUAUCUAGGGCUCGGAGCUUCGGCCGGACAGUACAAGACGCCCAGAUGCGUGAAGCUUAGCAACAAGAAAGUUCUUCAGAUCCUCUGUGAAAAUGUCGCCAGCAGGGUCUUCAGCACGGCGUUUGAAUGAUCAAGUAGAGUAGUUAAUUUAAUUCACAUAUUACACAAAUUGCCCAUAAGUUAGCAAAGUAAAGAUUAAAAGUAGAUCGAUGCGACAUAAAUGUCGAAUGUUUAAGUACCUUCGGUUAUAAGAUAUGGUCUGAAUCUAGACAUCUGACAUUGCGUGAUUCUUAGUGUCGUCCGUCUGUUUUCGAGAUUCAAGUUCGAUGUAUUUCACAAGAUUACAAAAGCGAGUGACGUCACA